AUGAAGCAAUACCGCGAUACAUAUGCCGGGGAUGGCGUGGACAUCACCGAGCCGGCCGAUCGACCGGUAGUCUACGAUGACCUUGAUCCUUUCGGCCACGAAGAAAACCAUCAGAUCAAGUAUAAGACCUUAUCAUGGCAUCUGGUUGCCGUUCUCAUGAUCGCAGAGAUCGUGAGCAACGGCAUGCUCUCCCUGCCUUCGUCAUUGGCCGUCGUCGGGAUCGUCCCAGGGGUAGUCCUCAUCGUCUUCCUCGGCAUAUUCGCAACCUACACCUCCUGGCUCUUGGUCCAAUUCAAGCUCCGGCACCCAGAAAUCCACUCGAUGGGCGACGCCGGCCAAAUCCUCUUCGGCCGGCCGGGCCGAGAACUGCUGGCCUUCGGUACCAUCGUCUUCGCCGUCUUCGCGACGGGAGGACAGCUCCUCGCGGGCCAAAUCGCGCUCUCGACCCUCAGCGACAACAAGCUCUGCCUCAUGCUCUACACGGGCAUCUUCGCCGUCCCGACCCUCCUCUUCAGCUUCCCGCGGACCAUGGACCAGCUCUCGUGGCUCUGCGUCCCAUCCGUGAUGUCUAUCCUCGUCGCGGGGGUCGUGGGCAUGAUCGGCGCAGGCCUGCACCCCGCGGCCGACCGGCAGGUCAGCGUCGCGGUCUCGUCCGACUUCUACACGGCCUUCAUCGCCAUCACGAACCCCGUCUUCGCGUACGCGGGGCACUUCAUGUUCUUCAUACUCAUGUCGGAGAUGCGGCGGCCGCAGGACGCGAUGAAGGCCGCGUACGUGCUCCAGGGCUUCGCGACGACGUUCUACGCCGUCUUUGCGGUCGUGUGCUACGUCUACCUCGGGAACGGGGUCGCGUCGCCGGCGUUCAGCAGUCUGGAGCCGAAGUGGGCGAAGGCGGCUUACGGCAUUGCGAUUCCGAACUUCCUGCUGGCUGGGUCGCUGUAUUCGCACACGGCUGCGAAGCUGAUUUUUGUGAGGAUUUUCAGGAAGAGCCAUCAUCUUCACAGCCAUACCAUCAAAGGCUGGGGAACAUGGGCUGUGCUAAUAUUGCUCUCCAACGGUGCUGCAUUUGUGCUGGCUGUCGGGGUGCCGAUCUUCAAUUACCUCAUUGGGAUCGCGGCGAGCUUGUUCGCGGCGUGGUACACGUAUGGCAUCGCUGGAGCCUUUUGGUUGCACGACAACUACCACGACUUCGACGGUUGGAGGCAGUGGGCGCGCAAGUGGUUCCAGACGCUGUUGUCGGUUCUGACGUUUGCUGCUGGAGGAUUCAUCUGCGUUGCUGGGACAUAUGUGACUGUGAAGGGUAUCGCGGAGGCAUACGAGUCUGGAGCUGUGGGUGAGCCAUUCAGUUGUUAG